AUGACUUACGCAUAUAUCAUUGAAGAGCGUGAACCUUGUACAUAUCAGGAGGCCUGUGAAUCCAGCGAAGCUCCCCAGUGGAGAGCAUCUAUGGAAGAGGAGAUGGAGGCUCUACAUAAAAAUAAAACUUGGGAUCUGGUAAAUUUACCCAAGGGGCGGAAAGCUAUUGGUUGCAGACAGGUUUACAAGCUGAAAAUAGACACUAAUGAGAAUGUUGAAAGAUACAAAUCCCGAUUAGUGGUGAAAGGCUAUGCUCAAAAGUCAGGUAUUGAUUUCAACGAAAUAUUUUCUCCAGUUGUUCAUUUGAUGACUAUUCGUACUGUGUUAAGUAUGGCAGUUGUACUUGACUUAGAGCUUGAGCAGUUGCAGAAUGCUAAACUAGUUAAUACCCCACUUCCUAUUGGCUGCAAGUUGUCUUCGGAACAAAGUCCUUGCACAGAAGUGGAGAAGACAAAGAUGUCUCAAGUACCAUAUGCAUCAGCGGUAGGAAGCUUUGUGUUUUUCAUGGUGUGCACCAAACCAAACAUUGCACAAGCAGUGGGAGCAAUCAGUAAAUACAUGGGAUUGGAUCGACGCAUGAAGGAAGUUAGCAAACUCAUUGACGAGUUUUUGGAGAAGAUCAUUGAUGAGCACAUAAACAAAUCUAAAGGCCAUGAAGAUAACCAGAAGGACUUCAUUGAUAUGAUGUUGUCUUUGAUGGUGGAAUCAAAAAAUAUGAAUAUUGCAAAAGAAGAACAGCACUACAUGAUCGAUCGGACUAAUAUAAAAGCAAUCAUUUUAGACAUGAUUUUGGCUGCAAGAGACACAUCUGCUGUCACAAUUGAAUGGGCCCUCUCAAAACUCUUAAGGCAUCCUAAGAUGAUGGAAAAGCUCCAGGAGGAGUUGAGGAAUAAAGUUGGCAUAGAUCGGUUAGUGGAGAAAGAGGAUUUAGUUAAGCUGGAGUACUUGGACAUGGUGGUGAAGGAAACCAUAAGGCUUCAUCAUGUUGCCCCAUUACUAGCUCCCCAUGAGUCCUUAGAAGAUAUAACAAUCAAUGGAUACUAUAUACCCAAGAAGUCUCGUCUGUAUAUAAAUGUUUGGGCAAUUCAAAGGGACCAAAAUAUGUGGUCAACUUAUGAUGAUGUUGAAAAUUUCUUGCUUGAAAGAUUCAUGGGAACUGGUAUUGACACCCGAGGACGUAGCUUCCAACUUAUCCCAUUUGGAUCAUCAGGUCGUAGAAUAUGCCUUGGUAUACAUUUGGGUCUAACAUUUGUGAAACUAGUACUUGGACAAUUGGUACAUGGUUUUAACUGGGAGUUGCCCAAUGCCAUGUCAGUUGACAACUUGGACAUGACUAAGAAGUUUGGCCUAGUUGCUUCAAGAGCCAACCAUCUACUUGUUGCUCCGAGUUAUCGCCUUUGCCUUUCUGGCAACAAUUUGUAA